UUAAAAUAUACUGAAUAAUAUUACAUAUGCUGUCUGAAUAAACUGAAUAAAUCACACAUGGCAAUAAAAUAAGUCAACAAAUCAUUGCAACACAAUAAAAUAGCGUGAAAAUGUAUAUAAAAUGCUUUUCGGAUCACAAUAAAUAUAUGAUUUGAAAUAUCAGAUUCAGAUACAUCUUCAAAAAUGACAUCAGCAUGUUGAUCAAUGUAGUAAGUUGCAAUUAAUCAUGCAAAAAUGAUCAUUGUGUGGAACAGCUGCAUAUACAGAUGUAAAUAUGAACAGUUCCCUUUCAGUCAGUCACGUUCGACGUACGUCAGUAGUGACCGGCGAAUUGGGAUCCCAAUUCUCCAUACCCUCCGAACCCUCCUUCAGGGAACAAGGGUUACGUACGUAACCGAGACGUUAUGUGAAAUAUAGCUUAGGGUUUUUUAAACAUCCUGUCUCCACUUCCUCUUUCAGAUCAUUUUCACUGAAUUAACAGUGCCCAAAUCCUCAUAGAAGAGUUCUGAAUUCAAAAGGAUGCAUAUUUUAAUAUGGUAUGACACAUAAACAUGUUGCUUCAUUCAUCUGCAUGCACCAAUAUUGAUAGAUAGUACAACCCGAAUUCCAGAAAAUUUGGGAUGUUUUUCGAAUUUGAAUAAAAUGACAACUAAAAGACUUUCAAAUCACAUGAGCCGAUAUUUUAUUCGAAAUAGAACAUAGAUGACAUAACAAUGGUUUAAACUGAGAAAUUUUACAAUUUUAUGCACAAAAUGAGCUCAUUUCAAAUCUGAUGCCUGCUACAGGUCUCAAAAUAGUUGGGACAGGGGCAUGUUUACCAUGGUGUAGCAUCUCCUUCUUUUCAAAACAGUUUGAAGACAUCUGUGCAUCAAGGUUAUGAGUUUCUGGAGUUUUGGUGUUGGAAUUUGGUCCCAUUCUUGCCUGACAUAGGCUUCCAGCUGCUGAAGAGUUCGUGGUCAUCUUUGACAUAUUUUUCGUUUAAUGAUGCACCAAAUGUUCUCUAUAGGUGAAAGAUCUGGACUGCAGGCAGGCCAAUUCAGCACCCGGACUCUUCUACAACGAAGUAAUAGCUGCAGUAUGUGGUUUUGCAUCGUCCUGCUGAAAUACACUAGGCCUUCCCUGAAAUAGAUGUCAUCUGGAAACCUUUAUAUACCUUUCAGCAUUCAUAGUGCCUUCCAAAACAUGCAAGCUGCCCAUCAGAGAUGCUGGAUUUUGAACUGAACACUGAUAACACGCUGGAAGGUCUCCCUCCUCUUUAGCCUGGAGGACACGGCGUCCGUGAUUUCCAACAAGAAUGUCAAAUUUGGACUCGUCUGACCAUAGAACACUUUUCCACUUUGAAAAACUCCAUUUUAAAUGAGCCUUGGCCCACAGGACAUGACGGCGCUUCUGGACCAUGUUUACAUAUGGCUUCCUUUUUGCAUGAUAGAGCUUUAGUUGGCAUCUGCAGAUGGCACGGCGGAUUGUGUUUACAGACAGUGGUUUCUGGAAGUAUUCCUGGGCCCAUUUAGUAAUGUCAUUGACACAAUCAUGCUGAUGAGUGAUGCAGUGUCGUCUGAGGGCCCGAAGACCACGGGCAUCCAAUAAAGGUCUUCGGCCUAUUCCCUUACGCACAGAGAUUUCUCCAGUUUCUCUGAAUCUUUUGAUGAUGUUAUGCACUGUAGAUUAUGAGAUUUGCAAAGUCUUUGCAAUUUGACUUUGAGGAACAUUGUUUUCCUCAAUCUUUUUACGCACUCUUUCACAGAUUGGAGAGCCUAUGCCCAUCUUUACUUCUGAGAGACUCUGCCUCUCUAAGACAUCCCUUUUAUAGCUAAUCAUGUUACAGACCUGAUAUCAAUUAACUUAAUUAGUCGCUAGAUGUUCUCUCAGCUGAAUCUUUUCAAAAUUUCUUGCUUUUUCAGCCAUUUGCUGCCCCCGUGCCAACUUUUUUAAGACCUGGGUUGUAACAGGACAAUAGGAGUAUCAUAAACAUUAAAUUAUAAAACAGAACACAAGAUGGAUGGAUGGAUGGAUGGAUAGAUGAUAUAGAUUAGAUAGAUAGAUAGAUAGAUAGAUAGAUAGAUAGAGCAUCAAUUCGGGAUUCUGAGCCAUUCCUUUUCCAGAACCAUAUGAUGCUGGUGGAGGAAAACUUUUUUGGUCUUGCUCCUCCAAAACACCCCAAAGUGGCUCAAUAAUACUCAGAACUGGUGACUGUGGAGGCCAUGGAAGAUGUUCAACUUCACUUUCAUGUUCAUCAAACCACUGUGACCAGUCUUGCUGUGUGUAUAGUGUAUUAUCAUCCUGAUACACGACUCCCCCUUCAGGGUACAAUGUUUGAACCAUAGGUGCACAUGGUCCUCAGACUGAUUCGGUAUUCCUUGGCAGUGACGCACUCAUCAAGCACAGUAGGGAAUGCCAUGAUAUUGGAGCCCAAACAAUCACUGAUCCACCGCCGUGCUUCACUCUGGACAGCAAUAGUCGGGUGUUAAGCCUCAUUGGGGACUCUCCACACCGUAACUCCCACAGAAGACAGUUAAGGUGGACAAUUACUGUUUCACAUUGUCCAUAGCCCAAGAUUUGCACCAUUGGCAAUGAAACCGAUGUUUGGAAAUGAAACCGAUGUUUGGCAUUGGCAAAGGUUUGGCUAUAGCAGCCCAACCAUGAAUAUUAACUCUGUGGAGAUCCUGACAAUCAGUUUUGGUGGAAACAGGAGAGUCGAGGUGCGCAUUUAAUUCAGCAGCGAUUCAGCGAUGCUUUUUAAAUCAGUCAUUAAUCACCAAGUCAAUAAUUUCUCACCCUUUCCACACCCUUCGUUCAUCUUCAGAACACAAAUUAUAUUUUUGAUGAAAUCCGAGAGCUUUCUGACUCUCCAUAGACAGCAACAUUAUUACCACAUUCAAGGUCCAGAAAGGUAGUAAAGACAUUGUUAAAAUAGUCCAUGUGACUACAGUGGUUCAACCUUAAUGUUAUGAAGCGACAAGAAUACUUUUUGUGUGCAAAAAAAUAAAAUAAAAUAAACAACGACUUUAUUCAACAAUUUCUUCUCUUCCAUGUCAGUCUCUGACACUGUUUACGUAGUAAACACAGUGCAGCACUUCCAGGUUCUACGUCAGAACUAACCCUUUAAGAGCCAUAUAAUAUGUUGUUUAUUUAGAUAAGAACAUCAGAGGGGUUUGACCUGUAAUGUCUGUACAAUAUAGUGAUGCAGUUAGACAGACUAGGUUAUUUUUAUGUACAAUCAUACAAAUGCCCCAUUCUGAAACAUACAUUACAUUGUAAAGAAAUUAAAGAUCCACCUUUGAUUGUUGAGAGACUUUCUGGUGCAUUUCACUUAUAGCCAGUAAGAUUUCCUGUAGCAUUUUCAUUGGUCAGGCAUGAAGGUCUAUUCUGAUAACUUUUGACAACGUUUAAUUUAAGAGCAAGGAGAGAUUCACGAUUGCACACUACAGUCUGACGGCGCAUACUCAAUAUCUGAGUGAGAGGAGAGGCAGUUCACUUUUAUAUUUUUGAGAGCUCGCGUCACAAUAAUGCGCUCUCGACAUUUGUAAUUCAAAUACGCCAUAGAAACCUGCGGGUAUGAUUAAAAUUAUGCGCAAUACCUGCAAUCUCGCGCUGACAUUCAGGCUCUGUAACUGAAACGUGUGAGUGACAGGAGGAGGCGGGUGUGUGUCAAACUCGCUGUCGGGGAGAUGAGAGAAUGUGAACGUGCCGCUGGUAAAAUAUCAGGGUUUUCAUUGGUCCGUUUAUGAUCGGAUUUCUUUAUUGGCUACCGAUAUGCCAAUCAAAGGUUUGAAUAAUCAAAUUGUUGCCGUACUCAGUAACGGAAUGUAAUUUUACAAGUAGCGAAGUAGAUUACUUAGCUUAAUUUGUACUUAAGUACAAGUAAAAUUACAGAUUUAAAAAUGUACUCAAAAAAGUACAAAAACCCGAAAAAGCUACUUAAUUACAGUAACGUGAGUAGUUGUAAUUCGUUACUUCCAUCUCUGAAGUUCACACAGCUGAAUUCAUAGUUGAAAUAAUUUUUGUAUCACUAAAAUCAUUAAACGAAUACAGUUAAACUGGCUUGUCAAAUGAUUCAGUUCAGUUUAGGAUGCUAAAACAUCUAUUGUUUGUAAAAGAUCUUAACCUUACUUCUCCUUCUCAAAAUAUAAAUGCUCAGUUUCAUUUCCCUGUUUAUUUCAAAGUAACAUGAUUAAAAAAACAUUGGGACUUCCUUAAAAUGAUGCAUUUGCAAAUGAGACAUAAUCAAAGUGGCAUGAUGUCAACGAGGAAAACUGAGCAGAUGAUUAUGACUCACACUGAUGCAUUUAAUCAGUGUUAUUUUAGUAUACUGUUAGUAUAUUAGUUUUUAUUGUUAUUAUUUUGAAUGUUUUUGUUUUUAUAUUUUUAAUUUGUUAAAAUUUUAGUAAUUUUGUUGAGCAUUUUGCCAUUUUUUUUUUAACAUGUCUACAGUAUAUAGUUUUCAUCAUUUUUUAUUUUAGUUUUAACAACAGUUAUUUUAGUACAUCAAGUUAAAGUUAAUGAAACAUGAGAAAUGUUCCCCUGGCAGCUAAGGGUGAAAUAAAGAAAGUUUAAGUUUUUUAUGUUAUUUUAUUUCAGUUAACGUUUAUUUUAUUUAUUUUAUUUUAUUAUGCAACAAUACCAACACAUUUAAACCACCCCACACAGACAGGUGAAAGUGAACACUUGAGUAAUGAAUAUUUCAAGAGAGUGAAACACAACCACACACACACACACACACACACACACUGAGCUUCAGUUCAGAGCAGCUCGCCACAAGAACAUGGACACAUCUGUGGCUGAAGGAGGCAGAGCAGAAGAAGAGUGUGAAACAGCAGACAGGAAGAGAGAUCUGCAUCAACUCCUCAGACAGGAAAUGGAGAUGCAUAUUGCUGAGGGCAGGACCAGUGUUCAGAGGAAUCAGGAGAGGAUGAGCCGCAUCAGAGAGCUGAAAGAACAACUUCAGAAAGAGGAGAUCAGAUUACAGGAAACACACAGAGAAUCCAACCAAUCACACGCCACUAGCAUGGUGGUUCAUGAGAAACUCCUGGAGCGCAGAAUGAGACUGAGAGAGACUCACGAGAAACUGAUCGAGGAUGAACUGAUGAAGAUGGAGAGAGAGCUACAAGAGGAGCAGGUGGGUGGUGUAGAGGGGGAGAUGUCGUACCUGCGCAGAGAGAGACACAUCCUGGUUCUCCAGAUCGAGGCGCUGCGCAGGGAGAACCAGCAAGCUUAUGCAGACCUGGAGGAACAGAACCAACAACACCAACAGGAAGUGAACGAGCUCAGAGAGGAGAGUUUACAGGUGUUUAGGGCAUUUCGUGAGGCUCUGGAGGAGCAGAGGAGGAUGUCAGAGGGCAGGUACAGGGCUCUGCUCAUAGACGCCAUCCAGGACGCUGUUCACCUGUCCUCACAAAACCUGCAGCUCCAGGAGGAAAUUCAGCAGCUCCGGAAAGCUUGCAUUCCCACUGAAUGACACAGCUGAUCUAACAUGGUUACCCAAGAAGUAACUGUAAAAGAUCAAAUCAAGUUUUUUCUUGAGAUCAUAAAUGGAAUUCAUUUCAUAAUUGAGGAGCUUUAUGGUUUAUGGUGAGCUUUAUUUUAUUAAUCUGAACUGAAUCGACACUGAACUGACUUGAGCUGAAUAAUGACACUAUUGUCUUUUUAGAGCUGCUUUACAGCAGAACUGAAUUUGUCUCAUAUUUGAUGAAGUUUGCAUUGUUGAUUCUGUUAUUUUUCCUGUUUAUUACUGUGAAGCUGCUUUGAAACAAUCUGAAUUGUAUAAAGUGCUAUAGAAAUAAAGGAGGUAUAUAUGACAUGACAUUUUCAAUUUAAGGUUCAUGGAGGGCUUCAGUGAAUAAAAAACAAACAAAAAAAACAGGAAUGCAUUACAAUUAUGGCCCAAAAAUCCAAUUGCUGUUUGGAUUUAAAUAGGCAAACACUUAAGAGUCUAUGAUUGGAUCAUUAUUGCAGUGAUUAUUAUGUUUCUAGCAUGUUAUACACUAUACUGCCAAAAGUUUUGGGACGCCUGCCUUUACGUGCACAUGAACUUUAAUGACAUCUUAUUCUUAAUCCGUAGGGUUUAAUAUGGAGUCGGCCCACCCGUUGCAGCUUUCCACAAGGUUUAGGAGUGUGUUUAUGGGAAUUUUUGACCGUUCUUCUAGAAGCGCAUUUGUGAGGUCAGGCAGUGAUGUUGGCGAGAAGGCCUGGCUCACAGUCUCCGCUCUAAUUCAUGCCAAAGGUGUUCUAUCAGGUUGAGGUCAGGACUCUGUGCAGGCCAGUCAAGUUCCUCCGCACCAAACUCGCUCAUCCAUGUCUUUAUGGACCUUGCUUUGUGCACUGGUGCGCAGUCAUGUUGAACAGGAAGGGGCCAUCCCCGAACUGUUCCCACAAAGUUGGGAGCAUGAAAUUGUCCAAAAUGUCUUGGUAUGCUGAAGCAUUAAGAGUUCCUUUCACUGGAACUAAGGGGCCAAGCCCAAUCCCUGAAAAACAACCCCACACCAUAAUCCCCCCUCCACCAAACUUUACACUUGGCACAAUGCAGUCAGGCAAGUACCGUUCUCCUGGCAACCGCCAAACCCAGACCCGUCCAUCGGAUUGCCAGACAGAGAAGCGUGAUUUGUCACUCCAGAGAGCACUUCUCCACUGCUCUAGAGUCCAGUGGCGGUGUGCUUUACACCACUGCAUCCGACGCUUUGCAUUGCACUUGGUGAUGUAAGGCUUGGAUGCAGCUGCUCGGCCAUGGAAAACCAUUCCAUGAAGCUCUCUACACACUGUUCUUGAGCUAAUCUGAAGGACACAUGACGUUUGGAGGUCUGUAACUAUUGACUCUGCAGAAAGUUGGCGACUUCUGCACACUGUGCGCCUCAGCAUGCGCUGACCCCGCUCUGAUUUUACGUGGCCUACCACUUCAUGGCUGAGUUGCUGUUGUUCCCAAUUGCUUCCACUUUGUUAUGACACCACUAACAGUUGACUGUGGAAUAUUUAGUAGUGAGGAAAUUUCAUGAAUGGACUUAUUGCACAGGUGGCAACCUAUCUUGGUACCACGCUUGAAUUCACCAAGCUCCUGAGAGCGACCCAUUCUUUCACAAAUGUUUGUAGAAGCAGUCUGCAUGCCUAGGUGCUUGAUUUUAUACACCUGUGGCCAUGGAAGUGAUUGGAACACCUGAAUUCAAUGAUUUGGAGGGGUGUCCCAAUACUUUUGGCAAUAUAGUGUAUGUUUGGGAACAGUUCUUUUAACCCUAAUUGAUGGAAUGUGCAGCUUUUCUUUUUUUUUAAACAAACAUGUAGGAAGACCAAAAAUUGAUGCACCUCUUGAUGGAAAAAUCAUCACUAUAUUUAUUUCCAUCAAGAGUUGCAUCAAUUUUUGGUCAAGAUUUUGUAUUGACGAUGCAAGAGGUGAGCAUUCUGUAAAGUCUCCUCCAGCACAUCCCAAAGACUUUCACUGAAUUUAAGGUCUGGACUCAGAGGUACCAAUUCAUGUCCCAAACAUUCUUUCACAAUUUGAGCCUGAUGAAUCUUGACAUUGUCAUCCUGGAAUAUGGUCAUGAUGCGUCUUCCUACAUGUUUGUUUAAGAAAUGAAAAGCUACACACUCCACCAAUUAGGCUUAAAAGAACUGUUUCCAAACAUAUAACACGCUAGAAACAUAAUAAUCACUGCAAUAAUGAUCCAGUCAUUAUAUAUGACUCUUAAGCAUUUGCCUAUUUAAAUCCAAACAGCAACUUUUUUUUUCUUUUUUUUUGGCUGGGCAGUGUACAAUUAAACUAACCAGGAGUGAUGUGUCAAGCACUUUGUUUGUCCACACCAGUGAAAUCGUGAGAUGUAGAUGAAAACUUUACAGUAUAAGUUCAAUUAACAAGGUAUUACAUAUAAUUUGGUAGAGUGUGUUAUCUGUCACAUAGGGACUUCUGAACUGACAUUUACUGUAUGUUUAUUUUAAAUUGAAAGUUAAAAUGUGUAAAUAAAACUAAAAAAACUGAAAGUAUAUAUUUUACAAGUAAAACCAUUAGACAUGUUAAUCACUUACCAUGUAUAUUUAUUUGCAUAAAUCAGUCUUAAAUAUAUGCAAUGUACAAUUCAUACUCAUUUCAACAUUUAUUUAGGCAAAAUAAACACUGACAGAUGCAUAUGAACAAAAACAACAAUAAAUCAGCAGACAUUCAGUCUUCAUGAGAUGAUGUCCAUUCACAGUAAGAUGCACUUCUAGAAUGAGGACAAAGGCGACAGACAGAUAUUUCAGGGCACAUGCUGAGAAAAAAAAAACAAAAAAAAAAAAAAACAGAAGGAAAUUAAAUAAUCAGACAGCUGUGGUUCACUAUACAUAAAGAGUGAUAAAAAUCAAAUGCAAUAGGCAGUAAAGUCUUUUGUGGUUGUCCUCAGUGCGUAUGCUCAAUUCAUUCAUUUUUUACAAAAUGCAAUGUUUUACAGAAUGCACUUAAGAUAUUAAUGAAGCAUGUUUAACUUUUUUUUUUUUUUUUUUUAUACAUACACUCAAUUGAAUAUUUCAUUUUGCUUUCUAAUGACUGGUCAAAAUUGAUGGCAUUGCAAUUUUUUUUUUUUUAAAUAUUUUUAGAUAUAUUUUUUCUUUGUCUAAAUAUUUUUCUAAAAUAAAAAAAUUUGUGGGAAGUGUUAAUCUCAGAUAUGCUGUCAACUUAAUAAAAUAACAUAUUUUCCAA